AAAUAGUUUAAUAGUUGGAUGUCCAUCAACACAGCAUAGUAAAACCAUCAACGUAACAAGUUAACUAGAGUUGAAGUGAUGGAUUAUAUGACACAUGCGCCUCUGGCUUUUUAUUCUGAGCCCUGCCUUUAUACAACAAAGUACGCAUGUUUUGUCACAAGGAACAAGCGGAGUAUUAAUUCGCCAUAUGAAUUGUCGGCAAACUGUUUAAACGCCUCCCACCCGGGCUAUCGUAGUUGGUAAAUCGAGCCUCUCCUUUGUCCCGGCGGAAACACUGCGAGAUCACGUGACGGUACUUCCUCAAAGUGUAAACAUUGGUGACUGCAGGGCAGUGUUAAAAUACACAGAAAGCCAUGGGCGAUACACUUCCUUAAACUAUUCGUAUUAUAAAAAUAUACAACGUUGCAAAGUUUGUACUAAGCUGCUAAGUGGCUGGAAGUGGGGAGAAAACCUGGAUCGAAGAAGCUCCAAGGGUUUGUGUGCUGUGUGGGAAUGGGUUGCAUUCCUUGCUGUUCCAAAUGGAGAAUAAAGGGAGCGACGAGGUGGAAACAAUGAGGACAAAGUUAUUGUCUGUGUGGCACAAUGUGAAGUACAGUUGGGCUCUGAAAUCAAAGACCUCUUUCAGUAGAAAUUCCCCUGUGCUUCUCCUCGGAAAAUGUUACCAUUUUAAGUCUGAAGAUGACGACAGUGUUACAGAAGCCUGCCACGAAGCCUCCGAUGAGGACUUUGUCGUGGGGAACGUGGAGGCUUUCCGCAAGGAUUUUGCGUCCCGAGUGUGGCUCACCUACAGGGAGGAGUUACCUCCUCUGUCCGGCUCCACCCUGACCUCCGACUGCGGCUGGGGCUGCAUGCUGAGAGCCGGGCAGAUGAUGCUGGCUCAGGCACUUAUUCUGCACUUCUUGGGCAGAGACUGGACCUGGUCGGAGGCGAUGAGGCUGCAACCUUUAGACACAGAGACGUGGACGAGCACUGCAGCCAAGCGUCUGGUGGCCUCUCUGCAAGGUUCCCCCAGUCCCUCCGAUCAUGGAUCACCACCCAUGAACCAAGCCCAGGCCCCAGGAUCUGCAGAGGAGGCAGACUCACAUUUGAAAGAGAUGUACCACCGCACUCUGGUGUCCUGGUUUGGGGACAGCCCCUCGGCUCAGUUAGGUCUCCACAGGCUGGUCCGCACGGGCCUGUCAAUGGGGAAACAGGCAGGGGACUGGUAUGGGCCUGCUGUGGUGGCACACAUCCUCAAGAAAGCUGUCGAGGAGGCGAUGGACCCUGCCCUGGCGGCUAUAACUGCUUAUGUCUCCCAGGACUGCACAGUGUACAGUGCUGAUGUCAUCGAUAGCCACAGAGCACCAGACGCUGGGCAGGCCUCUGCUGAGAGAUCAGAUGCCCCUCCCUCCCCACAGAGCGACCAACCGGCGUCGGCCUCCACCCUGACAGACAGCCGAGCCGUCAUCAUCCUCAUCCCUGUGAGGCUGGGAGGGGAGAAGACUAAUCCGGACUAUUUUAACUUUGCAAAGAGCAUACUGAGUCUGGAGUACUGCAUUGGCAUCAUCGGAGGGAAGCCCAAACAGGCCUGCUACUUUGUAGGAUUUCAAGAUGACAGCUUGAUUUACAUGGACCCUCAUUACUGUCAGUCUUUUGUGGAUGUCAGCACCAGCGAUUUCCCUCUCCAGUCAUAUCAUUGCCCCUCACCGAAGAAGAUGCCUUUCAGCAAGAUGGACCCAAGUUGCACCAUCGGUUUCUACUCUAGAAGUGCUCAAGACUAUGAGAGAAUCAGCCAAGAGCUUUCUAAGGUGCUGCAGCCAUCAGCGAGGGAGAAAUACCCCGCGUUCACUUUCGUGCAAGGUCAUGGCAGAGAUUACGACCUGUCUGCAGGCCUGACCCCUGAGAAGAGAGAAUGGCCCUUCAUCCGUGACCCGCGGAGGACGGUCACCACUACCGGCGACUUUGUGCUGCUCUGACAGCGACGUUUAGAAGACUAGUGAAAAAGGGAGCUUCUUCUUUUUAAUGAAUCAAACUGCUUGACACCCAAAGCCUUGUGUCUGCUGUGGACACCGAAGGUUAUGGGACUUUUUAAAACUACAUUAACUCGGUUUAUACAUCGUGGAAACUUUGCACCAAAACUAUUUGUUGCCUGGAAAUGUGAGCUUCCUGAACAUUGUGUCAGGAAGCUUUUGGUGCUCUUCUUAAUUUAGUGACCUAAUAAAUUUUGAAUACUCAUGUUAAGAAGAAGAACAUCUAGGGGAACACUUAAUUAUUUUUGCACCAUUAUUUGUGAUUUAAUGGAGACAAGCUGUUGAUGGGGACGAUAUCAACACGUCAGAUUUUGGGAGAUUUGGUGUAGGAUGUAUUUUGCACCUAACAUCACGUUGAAGAAGUCUUAAAGGGAUUUUGUUUGUAAUAAUCAUAAGGUCCAGUGCUGCUCUCCCACCUCGACGUGCUUUCAAGGCUCAUAGUGACAUCGAGUGUCAUAGUAAUGACUGAAAAUAGUGUCGGCACCACUUUAAAAUCUUUUCCCAGAGCCACACCUUCAGUAUUUCAACAGAGUUUUCUUAAGUGUGGUUGUGCUAAGAGCAUUAUUGUAAAAGCCUUAAUUAAUAUGGGCCAAGGGCUCUCUGAAGAUUGAGCCAAGCUACUUCUACCAAACUACUCUGCCAAAAGCAUUUCAUCAAACAGGACGGAUGCCUCGCCCGUCUGAAACACCUCGACAGCAGAAGCAUAUGGGACACAUCCUCUGAAGGACACUUUCUUCAUAAUUGUGUCAACAUGUCUUUUUAUUCACACUAGAACUCAUGUCUUUAUCUGAGCUAUAACACAUGAUGGUGUCGUUUGGUGAUAUGAUUGUUUGCUUGCCUUGUGUGUUUUUGAGGGGUAUUCAUUUUGACUGAGUUAUGCAUCAUAGUGCAAGUGACUAAGCGCUAUAUGAUAUGAAUGACCCUUUUACAAUAGAAUUCAUCAGAUGUAAAAGUAUUUACUGUAUGUGUCUAACUCACACUGAAGUCAAAACACACUCCUAAGAAACAUUUUAUAAACAAUUUAUAGUAGUAGCAAUCUACAUUACAUAAAGAUAUAUAUUAACCUUCCAAAUCAAUAUUAUCUGUUUAUGCUGCAUGCAAUUAACAAGUGUUUUAUUUCAAAGGAGUUGAAUCAUUUCAAAACAUCCCUUUUGUAUACAAUAAGCAAUACAAAAGGGAUUUCCUAACAUUUCAUAUUAUGUUACUUCAUGUGUUUUCCCUCCUUUUUUGAUUUUAAUUCUUCAAUUCUAGUCUCCAGCAGUGAGUAACUAAAUGGUAUAUUGCUGUUCUUACAGAACCUCAACAGAAUCUACAUCUUAACAAACUAGAAGUGUAGAAGUACGCUGUAACACAUGUUAGGUUGCCACACUCGAUCAUGCACUUUGAUUUUGAUCACUUCAAAAACACUAGUAUUCUGUGUGUUGAAUCUGUUUCAUGUACUUUCCUGCAUUACAACAUCUGCAUGUCUGUUUGCAGAAAUUAAUUUACAAAUUGUUACAUUUUUUAACACUGCCAGGCAAAAUAAAGUUGAAUAAAGUCAAAA